AUGCCGGGGGCCGAGGUGGCCGAGCCGGCCGCUCUGCGCUGGCUGGGCGUCGCGGUCGCCGCGCUCGUGCUCCUGGCCGCUCUUCUCGGCAACAUUCUCGUGCUAGCGGUAGUGUGCCGCUUUCGGCGCAUGCGGUCGCCGACCAACGUCUUGCUCGCGAGUCUCGCCACAGCCGACAUUGCCGUCGCGUUACUCGUGAUGCCACCGCGACUCGCCUACGACCUGGUGCGUGCCUGGCGUCUGGGACUGCUUGCCUGCCGCCUGUGGAUUUCGUGCGAUGUCAUGUGCUGCACGGCUUCCAUCCUGCAUCUGCUUGCCGUGGCGCUGGACCGCUUCUGGGCUAUCACACGACCGCUGCGCUACCGAGUGUCCCGGAGGCGCUUGGCGCUUGCAGUGGCUGCCAUCUGGCUCUGCUCGGCCGCCAUCUCGUUCGUGCCCGUUCUGCUGGGAUGGCAUGCUGACGGCAGUGCACCGGAUGCCUCCGACUGCGGCCUGCACGUCAACGCGGUGUAUGCACUCGUGUCUUCACUUACCUCCUUCUACCUGCCGCUGCCAGUGAUGCUCUAUGUGUACUUACGCAUCCUGCUAGUUGCUGGACGCCAAGCCCGCCAGAUUCGGCUCCUAGAGCGCUCGCUGGCCGGACCUUCACCGGGACUGCGCCGGAGCCUGCGGCGCCGUUCCAAGCAGCUGCUUCAUGACACCAAGGCGGUCCGCUCCUUGGGCAUCGUGCUGGGCGUGUUCUGCGCAUGCUGGCUGCCCUUCUUCCUCAUGUACCUCAUUACAGCCUGCUGCCCAGCGUGCGACCUCGGCUAUGAGUGGAGUUGUGCCAUCACGUGGCUCGGCUAUUCCAAUUCAGCCUUCAAUCCGUGCAUAUACGCCUUUUUAAACCGCGACUUUCGAGCAGCCUUCCAAGAGCUGUUGGGAUGCGGUUCUCGUCGGCGCACGGCCGACGCCAUGCUUGGUCCAGCGCGACGACGUUCACUCAUCAAGCCACCACCGUCGAGCGCACAUGCCGUCGCAACGGCAGUAUCUACUACAGCACGCGUCACUUCCAUGGACUGCACGAAGGACUCUUCUGAGGCCGAGCGCCGCUAGGGCCCGUCCAACAGCUGCAGCGCGCCCGACUCAGCCGUCUAGCAGCCUUGUCUGCAAACUAUAGCGCCUACUCGCGUUCACCAGCUCCUCGCUGCCGCAUCAAGUCCGUCGUUGUUCUGGGUCUGAAGAAACGAUCCUAAGACAGGACGAUGAAUGUAUAGGCAGCACGCAUCUUUGAGCAUCGCUGAUGUCAAGCAGUAAUGGAACGCAUUUCUUGGUGAAGCAACCGGCAUGACGGCGGCCCCCAUCCUUGGACCUGCGAUGACGGUGUUCGGUAUGUGCCAAAAAGUCACCCCUCUGGUACACUGACACACAAGCGAUCUGGCACCUAAUAGUGUCAACGCUCAUCGUCUACUUCACUCUAAUAUGUGUCUUUGGCGUCAAGCACUCUUCAUUCUCUCUCAUUGCAUGCUCUUCAACGUCGUGGCGUCGUCCUGGUCAUGUUCACGUUGUUCCACUAGGUGUCCAAAUAUUUUGGAUGUUUGGUCAUCAAAAAUAUUCAUGAAGCCUCAAGGCGAAUACAAAGCAUUGUCGUCGAAUAGUGUGUUCAAACCACACAUGGCCGUGAACGUAAUCGUGCUGAAACAAGACAAGCUGGAAUCAGCUUUGAAAUUUCGCUCGGAAACCAGGGUCCUUAUCGUCGUCCGAGAGAAAUGAGACCACAAGAAUGCGUGAGUUUAUUAAAACAAAGUCGGUAGACUUCGUCCCUUGGUGGUUCCAGUACUGUGAGACACUGCAAAACAUGCUUGCUGUGAGAACUGCCUCCUGCAAUAUUACAUGAUGGAGAACUCAUCAAUUGUUUAGAAGUGUACCAAGCAGCGGGCACUGCUUCGUGCACGUCUAAACAUAGCACUCCUCUGUCUGUGCGAGUGUAAAUAUCCACUCGCGCGUCCACAUUGCUAUGCUGUAAUUUAGGGAGGAAAAUGUGGAAAGAUACGACAAAUCAUUGUUCCGUCUUGUGCUUAGUGAAAGUGUAUUGGCGUAGUUAAUAAAAUGGAAACUCCCAGAAGAGACGUUGUAGGU